AUGGAGAAGAUGAAAAUAGAAGAGGUUCAGUCAACGACAAAGAAACAGCGUGUUGCUACUCACACACACAUAAAAGGCCUAGGUCUUGAGGUAAGUGGAAAACCUCUGCCUUUUGCUUCUGGGUUUGUGGGACAAGCUGAGGCAAGAGAAGCAUGUGGCCUUGCGGUUGAUAUGAUACGCCAGAAGAAGAUGGCUGGCAAAGCAAUCCUUCUCGCCGGGCCACCUGGAACCGGCAAAACUGCAUUAGCACUUGGGAUAUGUCAGGAGCUUGGGACUAAGGUUCCAUUCUGUCCAAUGGUUGGUUCGGAAGUAUACUCGACAGAAGUAAAGAAGACUGAGGUUCUUAUGGAAAAUUUUCGACGGGCUAUCGGUCUACGUAUUAAAGAAAAUAAGGAAGUAUACGAAGGCGAGGUGACCGAGCUCUCUCCCGAAGAAACUGAGAGUAUAACAGGAGGUUAUGGUAAAAGUAUUAGCCAUGUUAUAAUUGGGCUGAAGACAGUGAAAGGAACCAAGCAACUAAAGUUAGACCCCACGAUAUACGAUGCGUUGAUUAAGGAAAAGGUAGCUGUUGGAGAUGUUAUAUAUAUUGAGGCAAACAGUGGGGCUGUGAAAAGGGUUGGCCGAAGUGAUGCCUUUGCUACUGAGUUUGACCUUGAAGCAGAGGAAUAUGUUCCACUUCCUAAGGGAGAGGUUCACAAGAAAAAGGAGAUUGUUCAGGACGUGACUCUACACGAUCUGGAUGCUGCCAACGCACGACCUCAGGGGGGGCAAGAUAUUUUGUCUCUUAUGGGCCAGAUGAUGAAGCCUAGGAAAACAGAAAUCACUGACAAGUUGAGACAAGAGAUUAAUAAGGUUGUCAACCGGUAUAUUGAUGAAGGUGUUGCAGAGCUUGUCCCUGGGGUUCUAUUUAUUGAUGAGGUGCAUAUGUUAGAUAUGGAGUGUUUUUCCUAUCUUAAUCGUGCUUUAGAGAGCUCCUUAUCUCCAAUAGUAAUCUUUGCCACAAAUAGAGGAAUAUGCUCUGUAAGAGGGGCUGAUAUGAGCAGUCCUCAUGGCAUACCUGUUGACCUAUUGGAUCGAUUGAUGAUCAUUCGAACAGUAACCUAUGGUCCAGCUGAAAUAAUUCAGAUUCUAGCUAUCCGAGCUCAAGUGGAAGAACUGGUUGUGGAUGAGGAAAGCUUAGCUUUCCUUGGGGAGAUUGGACAAAAGACAUCUUUAAGGCAUGCGAUUCAGCUUUUAUCACCUGCCAGCGUUGUUGCCAAGAUAAAUGGCCGAGAGAACAUCUGCAAGGCGGAUCUUGAGGAAAUUUGUUCACUUUAUUUAGAUGCCAAAUCAUCAGCCAAGCUACUUCAAGAGCAGCAAGACAAAUACAUAUCAUAA